AUGGCAACAAGGGCACCAAUACCAGAGCCAGUCGCCCUCAAUCCGCAACAUCCUGCCACCUCAGGCCGUUCGGAUCUGGACACACCAAGCCCGACCAGUUGCCAACGCAGAGACCCGUAUCAUCCAAAGAAGAAAUUCUCCUGCACUUGGCCAGGAUGUACUCACGCCCAAUUCACGUGCCCUCAUAACGUGGCGCAGCAUAUUCGAGAGCAGCACACAUAUGAUCGACCCUUCAAGUGCACAUACUGUGCCGCGUCCGGCACAGUGAAAGCAUUCGCACGACAGGGGACUCUCAAUCGUCACGAACGCGAUAUUCAUAAAGUGCAUCGCAACAUCCAUCACGGUCGGGGUCGUAAGCCAACUGUUGGGUUCAAAUUCGAACCGCAGGUUGUUCGACCUAAAUUCAAGGGUUUUGGUGAUGCUGGACGACAAGGCAGUUCUCAUCGUUAUUCGCCGCGAAUUUCACCUGCCCAGAGCAAUAUCAUGGCCUGGCAAUUCCCCGUCGAGCCGUCGAGCAGCCCUUCGCCAAUGGCUAUGGCUGACGAACAGCUGCCGGAAACAGGUCGUCAUUCACUGUUUCACCUAUCUCCCCAGCAGCCACCUCAUCGACCAGUCACUUAUACCACCACCAACAGCUCGACAUUCCAGCUUGGCCCAAAUGUUACUCCGCCUAUCGGAUCAACCAAGCAGCCCAUCGACACCUUCCGGACCAUUCCCGGAGCCACCUACCCGACGGAUGAUACAGACUCUACAUUUGACGAAAUCUGGGCCUCACUGGAGCAAACAUCCCGCAGUCUCAGCCCCUGUCGCCACCUUCCAGUGGACAUCCAGCAACCAACUGUACGAUUUUCUCUGGAUCAAGUCGAAGCUGGAAAUGAUGAAUUUGCCACUUGGUGGAACAUUUAG